GCGGAACAAAUGUUGGCCAAACACGUGUUUCACUGGGACAAUAGUGAGUGGUGCACACUUCCUUCGCCCGGCCACAGAACAACAAAAAGAGUUGCUGGUGUAACAAUAGGAAGAAUAUAUUCCACUCCUCUCUUGUACACGCGGCUUAUGAGAUGAACGCUGGUCAAGAAGAACGUCCCCUUCAGCAGCAGGAGGAUCCACAGCCCCCCCACAUUAAAGAGGAAGAGGAGGAUCUCUGGGUUACUCAGGAGGAAGAGUUUCUUCCAGGGCAGGAGGAGGCGGAUCUCAGCAAGUUUCCACUGACUGUUGUCUCUGUGAAGACUGAAGAGCAUGAAGACAAACCACCUGAGUCCUCACAGCUUCAUCACAGUCCAAACGUCUGUGAAGAACAUCUUCAACCUGAGCAACAGAAGUGGAGCUUCAGGAUGCAGACGGAGGAGCCACAGCCCUCCCACAUUAAGAAGGAAGAGGAAUUCCCACUGAUCCCCCACUUUAAAAAGGAAGAGGAGGACCGACUGACCCCUCAAAUUAAAGAGGAAGAGGAGGAACACAGCAUCAGUCAGGAGGGUGAGCAUAUUGAAUGGUUGGAGGAGUUCCCAGUGACUGGUGUCCCUGUGAAGAGUGAAGAUGAUGAGGUCAAAGGUGAGAGUGAGGAGAGGGGAGGGGGGGAGCCUCCAAGCAGCAGCUCAACUCAACACAUGACAACAGAAGCUGAUGGAGACCACUGUGGAGGAUCACAAGCAGACAAGCUCUUAGCUCCACUAUCAGAUAGUGAGGACACAACGUCACACUCUCCUGACACUGAUGAUGAAGACUCUAAAGAUGAUAAGACAUGUCACACUGACAACACACACUUCACGUGUUCUCUCUGUGGCAAAAUGUUUAAAUAUCCUAGUAAAAUGAAAAGACACAUGAGAACACACACUGGAGAAAAACCUUUUUCAUGCUCAAUCUGCUGUAAAGAUUUUACUCAGAGGCACAAUUUGAAAAGACACAUGAGAACGCACACUGGAGAAAAACCUUUUUCAUGUUCAAUCUGUGGUAAAGAUUGUGCUCAAAGGCAAAAUUUGAAAACACACAUGAGCAUACACACUGGAGAAAAACAUUUUUCUUGCUCAGAAUGUGGUAAAAGUUUUGGCCUAAAACAAAGUUUAAAAGUACACAUGAGAACACACACUGGAGAAAAGCCUUUUAUAUGUUCAAUAUGUGGUAAAAGUUACAUAAAAAGAGACCGCUUAAAUUUACACAUGAGAACGCACACUGGUGAAAAGCCAUACUCCUGUUCAAGCUGCAACAAAAGCUUUCUUCACCCAAAAUCUUUUACAGUACACAUGAGAACACACACAGGAGAGAAAGUGUUGAGUUGCAGUGUGUGUGGUGAAAGAUUCUCCUAUAAGUACCAGUGUAAGAAACACAAGUGUGCUGGUGAGAACAGCAGCAGCAAAUGAAGAUGCAGGAUUUGAAAUAAACUGUCAAAACUUUGUAAA